AUGGCCCCGAAACGUCGCAACGCGGCCGCAAGCGGCAUCAGUAAUCGCGCCGCCAUUGGACUUCGGGGCUCAAGCUCGGCGUCACGCUCGAAGCGCGGCUCUAAGCAAGAUGACGUCCCGGAUGUCUACCGCGAGAUGUUGUCUGAGGCCGGGCCUUCUCGCGCAACGCGCAGUGCCGAGGGCCAAGAGCCACCCCCGAAGAGGCUCAAGAGGCCGGGCCAGAAGCCUAAAGUAGAACAGCCUCAGAACGAAGAGGCGCCAACAAUUCCUCCGGUAUUAUCUGCACAGCAGGUGACACAGGCGGAGGCUGCGACCGAGGUUCCUUCGCAGACCGAUGGCGAUGAUCCUGAUGAAGAGGAUAUCGAAUUUGAGGACAUCGUCAUCCCGGAGCCCGUGAUCCAGACUGCCGAGCUCGACUCUGAAGACGAAGAUGACGAAGACAUCCAAUUUGAGGAUAUCGAUCUGGCCGUGGACGAAUUGCCUGCUGAUGAUGGCCCGCCCAAGGUUCUAGAAUUGAAUCUCACCUCUCACCAGGCCGCGACAACGCCGAGACGCACAGUGGAAAAGCGUAAGCCGCUCACCAAAGAGGAAAAAGAGCGCAGAAUCGAGGUGCAUAAGAUGCACCUCCUGUGCUUACUGGCUCACGCGGCGCGGAGGAACCACUGGUGUAACGACCAAGUGGUCCAGGAGUCUCUUCAAUCGCUUCUCACGGACAAGAUGGUGACUUACCUCAAUCCGCGAAAGAGCCUGCCCCAAUUCGGACAAACAGAAUCGUUGAAGAAUGGGGUGCAGCAGGCCUCGAAUGCUUUCAAGCUGCGGUUUGCCAUCACCGAACGCGGCUUGAAGCGGGCCUUGUGGGCAGAAGAUGAGAAGCAUCUUGAGGAGUAUGAAUUGCCUAACGACAUGGAGUCUACUCUUGAGAGAGCCGACUUCCGAAAAGCUGCCACGACAUUGCAAGGAUCGAGAGAUGUUGGAGCUCAACUGUUCUGCGCCCUCCUUCGAGCAGCCGGUGUAGAAGCCCGGCUAGUAUGCUCACUACAGCCGCUGUCAUUCGUGCCCGGAGCACCGACCCUUCCCAGGCCCCGGCAGUCGAAGCUGUCUGCGAAAUUGGCCAAGGCGGCCGAGGACAGGGACCGCUUCGCCAAACUGUACCAAACGGCGUCGCAGCCAGACCCAGUCUCGGCCUCGACGUCCAUGACCCCUCCGAGGCGCCGACUCGGCCACCCCAACGCCACAGGUUACAACAUCCCAUCAAUAGCUUCUCCAACACAGCCAUCGCCCUCAACGUCACACGCCCAGGACACCUCCAGCAAACGCAUACGCAACGAAUCACCUUACCCCGUCUACUGGGUCGAAGUGCUCGACGAGGCACAUCAGAAGUGGCAGCCUGUGGACCCCCUAGUCACAGAAACGCAAUGGAAACCAGCCAAGCUCGAACCCCCGGCCUCAGACCGCGCAAAUUGUCUGUCAUACGUCAUCGCCUUCGAGGAGGACGGCAGCGCGAAGGACGUGACGCGCCGGUACAGCAAGGCAUACAACUCCAAGACGCGCAAGUGGCGCAUCGACGGGCUCCCCUCCUCGAACGCCCCAUCCCCGCCGCCGGGCAGCGGACCGGACCCCCCACUGGCGCCGGACAGGUGGCUCCGCCGCGCCCUGCGUCUCUACACGCGGCGCAUACCCACGGACCUAGACCAGAUCGAGAACAACGAGCUGCUGGCCGCCGAGGCGCGGGAGCCGAUGCCGCGCAACGUCGCCGACUUCAAGGACCACCCGGUCUACGCCCUCGAGCGGCACCUGCGGCGCCACGAGGUCCUCGCCCCGGACGCGCACUUUGUCGGCACCGUCUCCGCGGGGAGUAAGGCUCCCCUCGAGCGGAUCUACCGCCGGCGCGACGUGCGCAUCGCCCGCUCGGCCGACAAGUGGUACCGUCUGGGCCGCGUGGUCAAGCCGCUCGAGAUCCCCGUGAAGUGGCUGCCCAAGCGCGCCGUGCGCAGACGCGGGCUCUUUGACGAUGACGACGGUCCCGAUGACGACGAUGACGUUGAUCCCGUGCUAGGCAGCGGCGCCGGGCCGGGCGACGUCAACGGCACGCCGCUCUUCACGACCGAGCAGACGGAGCUGUACCGCGCGCCGCCCGUCGCGGGCGGCCGCGUGCCCAAGAACAAGUUCGGCAACCUCGACGUGUACGUGCCGAGCAUGGUGCCCGAGGGCGGCGCGUACCUGCUCGACGAGCGCGCCGCGCGCGCGGCUUUCAUCCUGGGCGUCGACUACGCGCCCGCGCUGACGGGGUUCUCCUUCCGGGGCCGGCACGGCACGGCCGUGCUCAGGGGCGUCGUCGUGCCGGCCGAGAGCGAGGAGGCGGUGCGCGCCGUGGUCGAGGGCCUCGCGGACGCCGAGGCCGAGGCCGAGCGGGAGCGCAGGGCGGCGCGGGCGGUGAGGAUGUGGAGCCGGUGGCUCAAGGCGCUGAGGAUACGCGAGAGGGUGUGGGCCGGGGCCUCCGAGGGGGAGGUGCUGGCUGAGGAGAGGAGGAUUGGGGAGGUUGUUGAUAGGGGCAAGGGGAAAGGCAAAGGGAAGGGCAAGAGGGUUAUUGUGGACGAAAGUGAUGACGCUGAUGAUGAUGAGGCUGGACAGGCCGCUGAUGAUUGGGAUGAGAUGAUGGAGGAUGCGGAGAGUGAUGUCACGGAGGAGUUUGAUAUGGUGCAGGACGAUGAUGAGGAUGAGUAUGGGGGUGGUGGGUUCUUGAUUGAGUGA